AUGGGGAACGUCUUGGAGGAAACCCCCUCAGGCCAGGAUGACUCCCGACCGCUUCAUCCAACCCCAGAACACCGGGAGGUCACGAACCAAGCAAGAAUAGCAAGUACUAUCCACCACACGAAUGACCACGUCGUCACGGACCAACGACAUCCUGAGAAAGCUAGGGACAAAGCGGCACAGAUCAUCCAGGACCUCUGCCUCCGGGUCCAGGAGCUCGAAGGCAAACUGACCAAUAGAAAAAAACACAACAACGAACACGGAAGCCAGGCAACUUCCAGAUCAAGGUCUCGCCGCGGCAGGUCGCCAACUCGACGACCCGAUAGGAGAGACGGUCGCAGCGCCUCACGCGACCACCGUCACGAGAAAUCGCCGGAACGGCGGUACAACAAGAAACACAACCGCAGCGCUUCUCGAGAUCUAAGUCAUCAACACGACUCAGACGAAGAUCGGAGGUACCAAAAUACCAAGCGCACAAGAAACGACCACACAAUAAUGGGAGCUACACCCUUCACAGAAAGAAUCUUAAGAGCGAAACUCCCAAAGGUUUCGACAAACCUACCGACAUGA